UACAAGGCCAUUCCAAUCGUUGUUAUAACAUGUUUAGAAUGGAAAGGGAAGUAUUCUUUAGUCUUUGCACAGAAUUGCAACAACACGGUCUAAGGGAAACUAGAAAUGUUGGGAUAUAUGAAAUGGUUGCAAUGUUUUUAAAUACCGUUGGCCAUGCGCUUAGUAGUAGGAUGCAGCAAGAAAGAUUCCAACAUUCAGGGGAGACAAUUAGUAGACAUUUCCAUAAUGUCUUAUUGGCAUGCUGUAGACUUGCUAUGUCCAAUAUCAAACCAAAAGAUCCAACAUUUCAGCAUUUGCAUACAAAAAUACGGCCCGGUGGUCGAUACUGGCCCUUUUUCAAACAUGCUAUUGGAGCAAUUGAUGGAACACAUAUUUCAUGCAUUGUUGAUGCAACUGAGCAAACAAAAUUUAUUAACCGAAAAGGAAGAGUGACGCAAAAUGUAAUGGCGGUUUGUGAUUGGGACAUGUGCUUCACUUUUGUAUUGGCUGGAUGGGAAGGUAGUGCGCAUGAUGCUCGUAUAUUUGACCACGCCCUCACAACUCCUUCCAUGAACUUCCCCCAUCCGCCUCAAGGCAAAUAUUAUUUGGUCGAUGCUGGCUACCCGACACCCAUGGGAUAUCUUGGUCCCUACAGACGUGAACGCUACCAUCUCCCUGAUUUUCGAAGGUCAUCUGCAUUUGAAAAUGACAAUGAGGCGUUCAAUUAUUUGCACUCAAGUCUACGGAGCACUAUUGAAAGAACUUUUGGAGUUUGGAAGAGUAAGUUUGCAAUUUUAGGAAACAUGCCGAGCUAUGACUUUCCAACACAGGUUCAAAUUGUUUGUGCAACGAUGGCCAUACAUAACUUCAUUAGAUCAACAUCCAUUUCUGAUCCUGGUUUCAUUCAGUUUGAACCAGAAGGUUCUUAUGCAGAAGAAAAUAAUGAUGAUGAUGGAGUUGGGUCUUCACAUAUACCUUCAUCAAUAGAAUCUUCAUCUCACAUGGCUCGACUUCGUGACUCCAUAAGAGAUCAAAUUGUUCACUAUAUACAAGAAUAGCCAUGUCUUUCUUAUUUCCUUUUUUCUUUUCAGAUAAUGUAAUGUGUUGUUAAAAAAAAACUACUUGGACAAAUAUAUUUCGUUGCAACCUCUAUUAUGAAGACAAUUGAUAUGAA